AUGGCUUCCGGCUCGAACCGCAAGGCAGCAGCCUCUGAUGUCCGGCCCAAGAAUCAGCACCAGCAGCAACAGCUUACCAAGAAGUGGAAAAAUGUUUGGCUAAGAAGCCUGUCGGUUCGCAUCCGUCCACGCAAGGACCCGCCGUUCUCAGCGUCCGCAUCGCCUGCAGGAGGAAGAGUAGGAGGAGAAAGGCAAGACCCGGGGCAGGACAGCAUCGAGAGGGGCACGCAAACCACCAUUGGCAACGCGGUGACAGCACGGCGCCACAGUCACCACCCGCUGCGGCAACGGACAGAGACGCACGCACGCACGGGUGAGCUAGAGGCUGCUCUUCUUACAGAUUCUGACCCCUCGACGACCAUGUCGGCCACAUCCGCCUCACACUCGCCGGUGGUGUCCACAACCGCCCAGACCGCCACCACUAUUCCCCAGUCGUUCUCAUCUUCGUCCUCCACGUCGCUCAGUAUCAGCGUCGGCGCUUCCCUUGGGAACUUCCCGUCGGCGUCAUCCACCCCGUGUCCCACCUGUGGUCAGCGCCGCCACAUCGACCUCCACCGACCACCGACCCCGGUCAAGCCCGAAGACCGCUUCCAGUUCCGGUCCGGCGUCCCGUACGGCCCGUGGACGAUUACCCACCCUCCGCCCUUGGCCCCGGCGUCCGUGCAGACCGUCGACACCUCCCCGGAAGCGCCCGUCGCCCCGCCGAUCGACGGCGGCAGCGGUAGAAACGUCGCCGGGCCCCUCGCCUCGUUCCAGCCCUUUUCCCGCCUGCCACCCGAGCUCCGGUCCAAGAUCCUCCGCUUCUACCUGGAACGGCCGCGCAUCGUCGAAAUACGAUGCAUGAACGACCUGAAAAAGAUCCACUUCGCGCCCAACGCCCUGGGCAACCUCGCGUCCAACAUCGCCUGGAGCGCCGACAACACCCUCCCGGCGCUGAUGUGGGUGAAUCGCGAGUGCCGCGCCGAGACGCGCGCGUUCUACCGCGUGCAGCUGCCAAUGUACCCGACCAACAAGAUCGCCUGGCCCGCCCUCAUCAACCCGGACUUCGACACCGUCAUCUUCACCUUCCCCUGGAGCAGCGAGAUCCCCCUCGACAUCUUCCUGAGCGACUGUCUCGCGUUCGACCCGCUGGGCGUGGGAAUCCGCCACUUCGGCACCCGCGACCGCGGCGGGCCCGAGACGUGGGACCUGACCCCCGUGCCGGGGUGCGCGCCCCUCUCCGAGAGCCUGGCGAACCUGGAGUCUUACACGGAGGCGAUCCAGCUGAUGGACGACCGCGCGGCGGCACGGUUCCCCGUGUGGAUGAUCCACGAGGGCUACCUCACGAGCGGGAUCCCCGCCAAGGACGCCUUCUACCGGGAUGUGCCCCGUCUCCUCCUGAGCAACGACUACGAGCCCCCCGACGCGGCGAACCAGCGCGCCGCGCUGGAAGCCCUGCGCGCGCAGCUUGGUGAUUAUCUGCCCCGGAGCGUGGCCGACCGGCUGGUUAUGCAGCGCAUGUUUUACCGCAAGUACUUCCGGCACCUGAAGAUGAAGUGCACCAAGACGGACCUCGCAGGCCUGGGCAUGGUGAGGCAGGCCCCCGGCGGCGAGACGGAAGAGUUCUUCUUGAGUAACGGGAGAGAAGUCGUGGGACAGCGGAGAAAGAGGCGGUGUGUGUUGGACGUAAGGCCGAGCAGUAGCUGGCAUCUGUGGGAUGACGAGUGA